GGAGUUGUACUACUACUCCAUAAACCCGAGCUUUCUUUUCUUUUGGAGCUUGGUGUGCCGGAGUGGAGUGGAGGGAAACAGAGACAGAGAGAGAGAGAGAGAGAGAGAGAGAGAGAGGAGAGCGGCCAAACAUGGCGUCGUUUUUGAGGAAAGUGAGAUGUGUAUCAAAAACACUCGGUGGCAGUGGAUCAUCAUCGGAUUCGGCGGCUUUCAGAGCUUUGUUUCUUUUGCCAACUUCUUCUUCUUCUUCCCGCUCAUACGCUGCCAAGGCCGCCUCUUCGAAACAAGGAAGAGCAGUGGCUAAUGAAGUUGAAGCAGUAGUCCCAGCAGAAGACGAAGACGUCGUUCCCACAUCGGGAAUCAGCCGCCCUCUCUCCGAAAUCCUCAAACAACUCAACAAGAAAGUGCCUGACUCCCUUAUUAGGGUUCGCACCGAAGCUGACGGCUUCACCGUCAAAUACAUCCCCUGGCAUCUUGUGAAUCGUAUUCUGAACUUGCAUGCUCCAGAAUGGUCUGGUGAGGUUCGAAGCAUCACCUAUUCAGCCGAUGGCAAGUCUGUGUCUGUUGUUUACCGCGUAACUCUCUAUGGGACUGAUGCCGAGAUAUAUAGGGAGUCGACAGGUACUGCUUCUGUAAACGAGGGAACAGGGUAUGGAGAUCCAGUACAGAAGGCAGAAGCAAUGGCAUUUCGUCGAGCUUGUGCACGUUUGGGUCUGGGACUUCAUCUUUAUCAUGAGGAUAUGCUGUAGCCAAACAAAUUGCGGCACCUCACGGAAUACGUGUUCCAUUUUGAGCACUUAUCUGAUUUUAGGAAUGCCGAAUAUGAUAAUUUUGUUGGAUCACCUUCCCUGUUCAGUUAUGAUGGGAUUUGAAUUGAUGGGGUACAUGAUCUUUACUGAUGGUUGUUUCAUUUUCUUCGCUGUAUAAUUAUGAGCACCUGCUUCUACCUCAACUUUUGCCCCAAUUCUUUUUGUGAACGCAAGGGGAUAAGAGAUAACAACCUGGAAGUGAAGAUCGUGGUUUGUUGAAUCUAUUUACUUUUCUUUACUUUCCCCUAAAAGAGAGAAGAUGUUAGCAGUUUUGUGUUUAAGAUUAUGAAGUUAGCAAUAUUUAGCAACAUUCUUGUAAAAAAUGUUGAUGUAAUCUGUGCCUCUUAUGCCGCGGGGGUGGGGGGGAAUGUGCCUCUUAUGUGAAUCUAAUUGGUUAAUUGGUUUAUGGUGAAUUUGC